UCAAAAGCUCAAUCCAAUAUUAUAAGAACCGUUGAUUUUUCCCUGGAUCAAAAUAAAAGAAUUCACCGUCUUUCCUGCUAUAUAUAUAUAUAUAGACAACUCACAUACUAGUCUCUCUCGACGUGAAACACCGUUAAAAGUGAUUCCUUUCACCGGCUGUUUUCAUUCAAGUAGUAUAAUUUAAAUGGCGACGAUUAAGAAGCACGAAGUAGCCAACACAGUGAGCCUCGAGCCCAAGGCGGAGCCGUCGUUAGAGGUCCCGUCGAUUUCAAUGUCUUUAGCUCCACCGUCGUCGUCAAUAGGACCGCAACUGAAGAGAGCUUCGACUAAAGACCGUCAUACCAAGGUCGAAGGAAGAGGGAGGAGGAUACGGAUGCCUGCCACGUGUGCGGCUAGGAUUUUCCAGUUGACUCGAGAGCUUGGUCACAAAUCCGACGGCGAGACGAUUCGGUGGUUGUUGGAGAACGCCGAGCCGGCGAUAAUCGCCGCCACGGGUACGGGAACGGUUCCCGCCAUCGCUAUGUCCGUCAACGGAACGCUAAAAAUCCCGACCACGACGAACGCUGAUGCUGACGUGGCGGAAAAUCCGGCGAAGAAGAGACGUAAGGGACCUUCUAACAGUGAGUAUAUAGACAUAAACGAACCGGUCUCCGUUUCCUCCGGUUUAGCUCCGGCAUCCACCGCGGCUCAACAAACGCUGCCGCCAGGGAUGAUUCCGAUGUGGGCGUUUCCAUCAAACGCAGUGGUUCCGACGGUUGGAGCUUUCUUCUUGGUUCAAAACGUAGCUGGCCCGUCGAACCAGCCUCAGAUAUUAGCUUAUCCGGCCGCCGCUGCUGCUUUACCGUCGACGUACGUCGCCGCCCUUCAGCAGGCUUCUUCUAUGGCUAGACCACCUCCUCCUCCUCAAGUUGUUCCAAACUUUACCGGGUCAGUUAUGGCUCCAAGCUCAAGCUCCGGCAUAGCAACGAAGAAUAUGCUCAGAGACUUCUCAGUAGAGAGUUACAAUAAAAAGGAGCUUCACCAGUUCAUGACGACCACAACAGCACCACGGUCAUCGAACCACUGAAGGCAGAAAGAAACGACGGCGUAUUGGUGAUCUGAUCACCGGAGGAAAGAAAGGGCACGUGGGCACGUGAGGGAGGGAGUAAAGACGCUCACGUGUUAAGAAACACGCACAAAAACUGAAAAGCAGAGAGUGAGGGAAGGGCCCCGCAAGUGGGAGAAGGAGGGAGUGGGCCAGGUUUGGUGUGGCGCCCACUUCGGUAGGGCUACGUGGUCCGUUCUAGUGAGCCUCACCAGUCACCACCACUCUGUCUUGACGAUUUGGACUUUGUUUUUCGCUUACAAAUCCCUGUAAUAAUCUCAAUUCAUGGUCCACCCAACAACAAUUUCUGUAAGAAAAUAAAUACUUCAUCUAAUUCUAAUGAUUUUUCCUAAAAUUGUCAAA